GGCAAGCGAGGCCCGACCUGGAUUUACCGUCCUCGGCCUCCCCCAGGCCCCCCGCGACGGGGGCGCCCCGGCUGUGAUCGCUCCCGCGGUUGGAGGUCGGGGAGCGGCCCGGGCUCUGGCCAUGUUCUCGGAGGAGGAUUUCUGGAUCGUCCUGUGAAGGAAGAGGUCUCCCCGAGAGGGCCCUGCCCAGUCGGAGAGAGGGAUGGACAGCCAGAAGCCGCCUGGUGAGGAUAAAGAUUCAGAACCGGCAGCUGAUGGACCUGCAGCUUCUGAGGAGUCAGGCGCCACUGAGCCAGACCUUCCCAACCCAUCUGUGGGGGAGGUCUCUGUGUCCAGUUCUGGGGGUUGCAGGCUUCAGGAGCCUCCCCGGGUCUUCAGUGGGGGUCCAGUGCGGCGUUGUGCUCUCUGUAACUGCGGGGAGCCCAGUCUUCAUGGGCAGCGAGAGCUUCGGUGCUUUCAGUUGCCAUUUGACUGGCCCCAGUGUCCAGUGGCAUCUCCUGGGGGGAGCCCCAGACCCAGUGAGGCAGCACUGUCUAGUGAAGACCUAUCACAGAUUGGUUUCCCUGAGGGCCUGACACCUGCCCACCUUGGAGAGCCCGGAGGGUCCUGCUGGGCUCAUCAUUGGUGCGCUGCAUGGUCGGCAGGUGUAUGGGGGCAAGAGGGUCCAGAACUAUGUGGUGUGGACAAGGCCAUCUUCUCAGGGAUCUCACAGCGCUGCUCCCACUGCACCAGGCUCGGUGCCUCCAUCCCCUGCCGCUCUCCCAGAUGUUCACGGCUUUACCACUUCCCCUGUGCAACUGCCAGUGGUUCCUUUUUAUCCAUGAAAACGCUGCAACUGCUCUGCCCAGAGCACAGUGAGGGGGCCGCACAUUUGGAGGAUGCUCGCUGUGCAGUCUGUGAGGGGCCAGGGCAACUGUGUGACCUGUUCUUCUGUACCACCUGUGGGCAUCACUAUCAUGGGGCCUGCCUAGACACUGCUUUGACUGCCCGCAAGCGUGCUGGCUGGCAGUGCCCUGAAUGUAAAGUGUGCCAAGCCUGCAGGAAACCUGGGAAUGACUCUAAGAUGUUGGUGUGUGAGACAUGUGACAAAGGAUUUCAUACCUUCUGCCUAAAACCACCAAUAGAAGAACUGCCUGCUCACUCUUGGAAGUGUAAGGUCUGCCGAGUAUGCCGAGCCUGUGGGGUGGGCUCAGCAGAGCUAAAUCCCAACUCUGAGUGGUUUGAGAACUACUCACUCUGUCACCGUUGUCACAAAGCCCAGGGUGGCCAACAUAUUGGUUCUCUUGCUGAGCAGCAUUCCCCUGUUUGUCGAAGAUUCUCACCCCCAGAGCCUGGUAAUAUCCCCACUGAGGAACCCAGUACUCCAUAUGUCACAUGCCAAAGGCAGCCAAAGAGUGGGCACGUGACCUCUAUGCAACCCAAGGAACCUGGGCCCCUGCAUUGUGACGCCAAACCACUAGGGAGAGCAGGGGCCCAACUUGAACCCCGAUUGGAUGUUCCUCUAAAAGAGGAGAUGCCACUGCCGCCCCCAUCGGAAGAGUCGCCCCUCUCCCCACCACCUGAGGAAUUGCCCACAUCCCCACCACCUGAGGCAUCACGCUUGUCCCCGCCACCUGAAGAAUCACCCCUCUCUCCACCACCUGAAGAGUCGCCCUUGUCUCCCUCACCCGAGUCAUCUUUUUCUCCACCGGAGGAGUCACCCUUCUCUUCACCACCUCCCCCACUGGAGACACCCCUGUCUCCACCACCUGAAGCAUCACCUCUCUCUCCACCAGUUGAAGAGUCUCCCCUGUCCCCCCCACCUGAGGAGUUACCCACUUCCCCACCCCCUGAAGCAUCCCGCCUGUCUCCACCACCUGAGGAAUCCCCCAUGUCCCCUCCACCUGAAGAGUCACCCAUGUCUCCACCACCCGAGGCAUCGUGUGUGUUCCCACCAUUUGAAGAAUCGCCCCUCUCUCCUCCACCCGAGGAGUCUCCUCUCUCCCCACCACCUGAGGCUUCACGCUUGUCGCCACCGCCUGAAGAUUCUCCCAUGUCCCCGCUACCUGAAAACUCACUGACGUCCCCACCCCCUGAGAUAGCACACCCAUCCCACAUACCUGAGGUAUCAUGCCUGUCCCCACCACCUGGGGAGUCUCCCCUGUCCCCGCCGCCAGAGGAGUCUCCCACAUCCCCUCCCCCUGAGGCUUCACGUCUGUCCCCACCUCCUGAGGACUCGCCUGCUUCCCCACCACCUGACGACUUGGUUGUGUCCUUGGCGGAGACUGCUUUGUCACUGCUGCCUGAGGAGCCAAGAGUUUGUCCCUGUCCUGAAGAGCCACAUCUGUUGCCUGUUCCUGAGGAGCCACACGUGUCCCCUGUGCCUGAGAAGCCACGCCUGUCCCCUGCACUUGAGCCUUGCCUCUCGCCUGUACCUGAGGAACCUCACCUGUCCCCCCGGCCCGAGGAGUGUCAGCUGUCUCCCACACCCAAGGAGCCACAUCUCUCCCCUCAGCCUGAGGAGUUGCACUUGUCCCCUCAGUCAGAGGAGCCACAUCUGUCUCCCCAGCCUGCGGAGUCGUGCCUGUCCCCCCAACCUAAGGAACCCUCUGAGGAACCAGGCCUCUGCCCUGCACCUGCAGAAUUGCCCUUGUUCCUCCAGUCUGGGGAGCUACACUUAUCCCCCUUGCUUGGAGAGCCAGCCCUGUCCAAGCCUGGGGAACCACCACCCUCUCCUCUGCCAGAGGAGCUGCCCUUGUCCCCAUCUGAGGAACCAGCUUUGUCUCCUCAGCUGAUGCCACCAGAUCCUCUUCCUCCUCCACUCUCACCCAUUAUCACAGCUGUGGCUCCGCCAGCCCUGUCCCCUUUGGGGGAGUUGGAGUACCCCUUUGUUGCCAAAGGGGAUAGUGACCCUGAAUCGCCACUGGCUGCCCCUGUCCUCGAGACCCCCAUUAGCCCUCCACCGGAAGCUAACUGCACUGACCCUGAGCCUGUACCUCCCAUGAUCCUUCCCCCAUCUCCAGGCUCCUCAGUGGGACCAGCCUCUCCCAUUCUGAUGGAGCCCCUGCCCCCUCAAUGUUCUCCACUUCCCCAGCAAUCCCCAGCUCCCCCGAACUCUCCUCGCCAGUGUUCUCCUCCUGCUCUGCCAUUGUCCGUUCCCUCUCCACUGAGUCCCAUAAGGAAGGGAACAGAGGUCUUAGAGGAGGCCGAGGCAUCUGAGAUGGAGACUGAGAAGGUCCCAGAACCUGAGUGUCCAGCCUUGGAGCCCACCCCUACAAGUCCUCUCCCCUCCCCCAUGGGGAGCCUUUCCUGUCCUGCCCCUAGCCCUGCCCCAGCUCUGGUUGACUUCUCUGGACUGGCAGAGGACACAGCCCCUAUGGAUGGGAUGGACACUCCUGAUUCACAGCCAGAGGUUGGACAGGCCUCUGGCAGUUUAGGUGGUGAACUUAAGGGUUCCCCUGUGCUCCUGGACCCUGAGGAGCUGGCCCCUGUGACCCCUAUGGAGGUCUAUGGCCCAGAAUGCAAACAGGCAGGGCAGGGCUCGCCCUGUGAAGAACAAGAGGAAUCCCGUGUACCGGUGGCCCCCACCCCACCCACUCUCAUCAAAUCUGACAUUGUUAAUGAGAUCUCCAAUCUGAGCCAGGGCGAUGCUAUUGCCAGUUUCCCUGGCUCCGAACCCUUGCUGGGCUCUCCUGACCCUGAGGGGGGUGGCUCCCUGUCCAUGGAGCUGGGGGUAUCGACAGAUGUCAGCCCGGCCCGAGAUGAGGGCUCCCUGCGGCUCUGUACCGACUCACUGCCAGAGACCGAUGACUCACUAUUGUGUGAUGCUGGGACAGCUAUCAGCGGAGGCAAAGCUGAGGGGGACAAAGGGAGAAGACGCAGCUCCCCAGCUCGUUCUCGCAUAAAGCAGGGUCGCAGUAGUAGUUUCCCAGGAAGACGGCGACCACGAGGAGGAGCCCAUGGAGGCCGUGGGAGAGGACGGGCCCGACUAAAAUCAACUACUUCUUCCAUCGAGACUCUGGUAGUUGCUGAUAUCGAUAGUUCUCCCAGCAAGGAGGAAGAAGACGAUGACGAUGAUACCAUGCAGAAUACUGUGGUUCUCUUCUCCAACACAGACAAAUUUGUCCUAAUGCAGGACAUGUGUGUGGUAUGUGGCAGCUUUGGUCGUGGGGCAGAAGGACACCUCCUUGCCUGUUCCCAGUGUUCUCAGUGCUAUCACCCUUACUGUGUCAACAGCAAGAUCACCAAGGUGAUGCUGCUAAAGGGCUGGCGUUGUGUGGAAUGCAUCGUGUGUGAGGUGUGUGGCCAGGCCUCAGACCCCUCACGCCUGCUGCUCUGUGACGACUGUGACAUUAGCUAUCACACAUACUGCCUGGAUCCCCCACUGCUCACUGUGCCCAAGGGCGGCUGGAAGUGCAAGUGGUGUGUGUCUUGUAUGCAGUGUGGGGCUGCCUCCCCGGGAUUUCAUUGUGAGUGGCAGAAUAGUUAUACACACUGCGGGCCCUGUGCCAGCCUGGUUACAUGUCCUAUCUGUCAUGCCCCAUAUGUGGAAGAGGACCUUCUAAUCCAGUGCCGCCACUGUGAACGGUGGAUGCAUGCUGGCUGCGAGAGUCUCUUCACAGAGGAUGAUGUGGAGCAGGCGGCUGAUGAGGGCUUUGACUGUGUCUCCUGCCAGCCUUAUGUGGUAAAGCCUGCUGUGCCUGUUGCUCCGCCAGAGUUGGUGCCUAUAAAGGUGAAAGAGCCAGAGCCUCAAUACUUUCGCUUUGAGGGUGUGUGGCUGACAGAAACUGGCAUGGCUGUGCUGCGAAACCUGACAAUGUCACCCCUGCACAAGCGGCGCCAGCGCCGAGGACGGCCUGGCCUCCCAGGAGAGGUUGGGAUGGAGGGUAUUGAGCCCUCAGAUACCCUUGGCCCCGAUGACAAGAAGGAUGGGGACCUGGACACUGACGAGCUGCUCAAGGGUGAAGGUGGCAUAGAACACAUGGAAUGUGAAAUUAAACUGGAAGGCCCUGGAAGCCCUGAUGUGGAGCCUGGCAAAGAGGAGACUGAGGAAAGCAAAAAACGCAAACGCAAACCCUACCGGCCUGGCAUUGGUGGUUUCAUGGUGCGACAGCGGAAAUCGCACACGCGCAUGAAAAAGGGGCCUGCUGUGCAGGCCGAGGUGUUGAGUGGGGAUGGACAGCCUGACGAGGUGAUGCCUACUGACCUGCCUGCAGAAAGCUCUGUGGACCAGAGUUUAGCUGAUGCGGAUGAAAAGAAAAAGCAGCAACGGCGUGGGCGCAAGAAAAGCAAACUGGAGGACAUGUUCCCUGCUUACCUACAGGAGGCCUUCUUUGGAAAGGAGCUGCUGGACCUGAGUCGAAAGACCCUUUUUGCCGUUGGGAUGGGCCGUCCAAGCUUUGGACUAGGAAUCCCAAAGGCCAAGGGGGAUGGAGGCUCAGAUAGGAAGGAACUUCCCACCUUACAGAAAGGAGACGAUGGUCCAGAUGUUGCAGAUGAAGAAUCCCAUGGGCCCGAGGGCAAGGCUGAUACACCAGGACCUGAGGAUGGGGGCAUAAAGGCAUCCCCAGUGCCCAGUGACCCUGAGAAGCCAGGCACCCCAGGUGAAGGGAUGCUUAGCUCUGACUUAGACAGGAUUCCCACAGAAGAACUGCCCAAGAUGGAAUCCAAGGACCUGCAACAACUCUUUAAGGAUGUUCUGGGUUCUGAGCGAGAGCAGCAUCUGGGUUGUGGAACUCCUGGCCUAGAUGGCAAUCGGACACCAUUGCAGAGACCCUUUCUUCAAGGUGAUCCAGGUGGACUUCCUCUGGGUAGUCUCCCCUCCAGCAGCCCAAUCGACUCUUACCCAGGCCUCUGCCAGUCCCCAUUCCUAGAUUCCAGGGAGCGUGGGGGCUUCUUUAGCCCAGAACCUGGUGAGCCAGACAGCCCUUGGACAGGCUCAGGGGGUACCACACCCUCCACCCCCACUACCCCCACCACGGAGGGUGAGGGCGACGGACUCUCCUAUAACCAGCGGAGUCUUCAGCGCUGGGAGAAGGAUGAAGAGUUGGGCCAACUAUCCACCAUUUCACCUGUGCUCUAUGCCAAUAUUAACUUUCCUAAUCUCAAGCAAGAUUACCCAGACUGGUCCAGCCGAUGCAAGCAAAUCAUGAAGCUCUGGAGAAAGGUUCCAGCUGCUGACAAAGCCCCCUACCUGCAAAAGGCCAAAGAUAACCGGGCAGCUCAUCGCAUCAACAAAGUGCAAAAGCAGGCUGAGAGCCAGAUCAACAAGCAGACCAAGGUGGGCGACAUGGCCCGUAAGAUUGACCGACCAGCCCUACAUCUCCGCAUUCCCCCCCAGCCAGGGGCACUGGGCAGUCCGCCCCCUGCUGCCGCCCCCACCAUUUUCAUUGGCAGCCCCACUACCCCCGCCGGCUUGUCUACCUCUGCGGAUGGGUUCCUGAAGCCGCCGGUGGGUGCUGUGCCCGGCCCUGACUCACCCGGUGAGCUCUUCCUCAAGCUCCCACCCCAGGUGCCCGCCCAAGUGCCUUCGCAGGACCCCUUUGGACUGGCCCCCACCUACGCUUUGGAACCGUGCUUCCCCACAGCACCACCCACCUAUCCUCCCUAUCCUAGUCCAACUGGGGCCCCCUCACAGCCCCCAACACUGGGCACUUCAUCUCGUUCUGGGACUGGCCAGCCGGGGGAAUUCCACGCUACUCCACCUGGUACCCCCCGACAACAACCUUCCACACCGGACCCCUUCCUCAAACCCCGAUGCCCUUCUUUAGACAACUUGGCUGUACCUGAGAGCCCAGUGGGAGGUGGAGGCAAGGCUUCUGAGCCCCUACUGUCUCCCCCACCUUUUGGGGAGUCUCGGAAGGCUCUGGAGGUGAAGAAGGAAGAACUUGGGGCAUCCUCGCCUAGCUAUGGUCCCCCAAACCUAGGCUUCGUUGACUCACCUUCCUCAGGCCCUCACCUGGGCAAUCUGGAGUUAAAGGCACCUGAUGUCUUCAAAGCCCCCUUGACCCCUCGGGCAUCUCAGGUAGAACCCCAGAGCCCAGGCUUGGGCUUAAGGCCCCAGGAGCCACUGCUUGCCCAAACUUUGACCCCUUCUCCCCCCAGCCACUCAGACAUCUUUCGCUCUGGCCCCUACCCUGACCCCUAUGCUCAGCCCCCCUUGACCCCUCGGCCCCAACCCCCACCCCCUGAGAACUGCUGUUCCUUGCCCCCUCGCUCGCUGCCUUCUGACCCUUUCUCCCGUGUGCCCGCCAGUCCCCAGUCCCAGUCUAGCUCCCAGUCCCCUUUGACACCCCGUCCCCUGUCUGCUGAAGCUUUCUGCCCAUCUCCUGUGACCCCUCGCUUUCAGUCCCCUGACCCUUAUUCCCGCCCACCCUCCCGCCCUCAUUCCCGGGACCCAUUUGCCCCAUUGCAUAAGCCACCUCGACCCCAGCCCUCUGAAGUUGCCUUCAAGGCUGGGCCUCUAGCCCACACUCCGCUGGGGGCUGGGGGCUUCCCAGCAGCGCUGCCCUCCGGGCCAGCAGGUGAACUCCACGCCAAGGUCCCAAGUGGGCAGCCCCCCAACUUUGCCCGAUCCCCUGGGACUGGUGCAUUUGUGGGCACACCCUCUCCCAUGCGUUUCACUUUCCCUCAGGCAGUAGGUGAUCCAUCCUUAAAGCCACCUGUCCCUCAGCCUGGCCUCCCUCCACCCCAUGGGAUCAACAGCCAUUUUGGGCCUGGCCCUAUCUUGGGCAAGCCUCAAAGCACAAACUACACAGUAGCCACAGGGAACUUCCACUCAUCGGGGAGUCCCCUGGGUCCCAGCCCUGGAUCCACAGGAGAGGGUUAUGGGCUGUCUUCACUACGGCCCCCCUCAGUCCUCCCACCUGCACCCGAUGGCUCCCUCCCCUACCUGUCGCAUGGAGCCACACAGCGGGCAGGCAUCGCCUCUCCAGCUGAUAAGCGAGAAGACCCGGGGUCUGGAAUGAACAGCUCUUUGGUUGCCCCUGAACUUCCUGGCACCCAAGACCCAAGCCUGUCUAGCCUCACCCAGACAGAGCUGGAAAAGCAGCGACAGCGCCAGCGACUCCGGGAGCUGCUGAUUCGGCAGCAGAUUCAGCGCAACACCUUACGACAGGAGAAGGAAACAGCUGCAGCAGCUGCUGGAGCAGUGGGUCCCCCAACCACUUGGAGUGCUGAGCCUAACAGUCCUGCUUUCGAGCAGCUGAAUCGAGUUCAGACUCCCUUUCCUGGCACCCAGGACAAGAACAGUCUUUCGGGCUUGCCCCCAAGCAAGCUGGGUGGCCCCAUCUUGGGACCUGGGGCUUUUCCUACUGAUGAAAGACUUUCCAGGCCACCCCCAUCAGCCACUCCUUCCUCUAUGGAUGUGAACAACCGGCAACUUGUGGGAGGCUCUCAAGCCUUCUAUCAUCGAGCACCCUAUCCUGGGCCCAUGCCCUUACAGCAACAGCAGCAACUUUGGCAGCAGCAGCAGCAGCAGCAGCAGGCACCACAACAGGCUACUGCAGCCACCUCCAUGCGACUUGCCAUGUCUACUCGCUUCCCAUCAACUCCUGGAUCUGAACUUGGCCGUCAGGCUCUCAGUUCCCCAUUGGCAGGAAUUCCCACUCGCCUGCCUGGCCCUGGAGAGCCAGUGCCUGGUCCAGCUGGUCCUGCCCAAUUCAUUGAGUUGCGACACAAUGUACAGAAAGGGGUGCUGGGACCUGGAGGUGCUCCAUUUCCUGCUCAGGUUCCCCCUCAGAGAUCUCGUUUUUACCCUGGAAGUGAGGAUUCCCACCGACUGGCUCCUGAAGGGCUCCGCAGCCUUGCAAUGUCAGGCCUUCCCCCACAGAAACCCUCAGCCCCGCCAACCCCUGAACUGAACAGCCUCCAUCCAGCGCCUCAUACAAAGGGACCCACCCUUCCCACAGGCUUGGAGCUGGUCAGCCGGCCCCCAUCAAGCACUGAGCUUGGCCGUCAACCACCUCUUGCCUUGGAAACUGGGAAAUUACCCUGUGAGGAUCCUGAGUUGGAUGAUGACUUUGAUGCCCACAAGGCCCUGGAGGAUGAUGAGGAGCUUGCUCACCUAGGCCUGGGUGUAGAUGUGGCCAAGGGAGAUGAUGAACUGGGCACCCUGGAAAAUCUAGAGACCAACGAUCCUCACUUAGAUGACCUACUCAAUGGGGAUGAAUUUGACCUGCUGGCCUACACUGACCCAGAGCUGGACACAGGAGACAAGAAGGACACCUUCAAUGAGCAUCUAAGGCUGGUUGAGUCAGCCAAUGAGAAGGCUGAGCGGGAGGCCCUCCUGCGGGGUGUAGAUCCAGGACCUUUGGGUCCUGAGGAGCGCCCACCCCCUGUUGCUGAUGCCUCUGAGUCUCGUGUGGCGUCAGUGCUUCCUGAAGUGAAACCCAAGGUGGAGGAGGGUGGGCGUCACCCUUCCCCUUGCCAAUUUGCCAUUAAUACCCCUAAGGUCGAGCCAUCAGCUCCAACUACUUCCUUAGGCCUGGGAAUGAAACCAGGACAGAGUGUGAUAGGUAGCCGGGAUGCCCGCAUGGGCCCAGGGUCCUUUUCCAGCAGUGGGCAAACAACUGAGAAGAGCCCUUUCAGUGCCUCAGGAGGACCACCAGGUCAUCUGCUGACACCCAGUCCCCUGAGUGGCCCAGGAGGGUCCUUGCUAGAAAAGUUUGAGCUAGAGAGUGGGGCUUUGACCUUGCCCAGUGGACAUGCAGCUUCUGAUGAAUUGGACAAGAUGGAGAGCUCACUUGUUGCUAGUGAGUUACCCCUGCUCAUUGAGGACUUGUUGGAACAUGAGAAGAAGGAGCUGCAGAAGAAGCAGCAACUCUCUGCACAGCUUCAUCCUGCCCAGCAGCAGCAGCAGCAGCAGCAGCAGCAGCAGCAGCAGCAACAGCAGCAGCAGCAGCAGCAGCAGCAGCAACAACAACAACAACAGCAGCAGCAGCAACAACAGCAACAACAGCAGCAGCAGCAGCAGCAACAACAGCAGCAGCAGCAGCAGCAGCAGCAGCACUCGCACUCGCACUCCCUACUGUCCACACCUGGUCCUUCCCAGACCAUGUCUUUGCCACAUGAAGGCUCUUCUCCCAGUUUGUCUGGGUCUCAGCAGCAGCUUGCCUUGGGUCUUGGAGGCUCCCGACAGCCAGGGUUGGCCCAGCCUCUGAUGUCCACACAGCCACCAGCUCAUGCCCUCCAACAGCGUUUGGCCCCAUCCAUGCCUAUGGUAUCCAACCAAGGGCACAUGUUAAGUGGGCAGCAUGGGGGGCAAGCAGGCUUGAUGCCCCAGCAGAGCUCUCAGCCAGUGCUGACACAGAAGCCCAUGGGUGCUCUGCCAUCUUCUAUGUGCAUGAAACCUCAGCAACUGGCAAUGCAGCAGCAGCUGGCCAAUAGCUUCUUCCCAGACACAGACCUGGACAAAUUUGCUGCAGAAGAUAUCAUUGAUCCCAUUGCAAAGGCCAAAAUGGUAGCUUUGAAAGGCAUCAAGAAGGUGAUGGCUCAGGGAAGCAUUGGUGUAGCACCUGGCAUGAACAGACAGCAGGUGUCCCUGCUUGCCCAGAGACUUUCAGGGGGCCCAGGUAAUGAUCUGCAGAACCAUGUGACAACUGGGAGUGCCCAGGAUCGUUGUGCUGGUGACCCCUCUCAGCCUCGUCCCAAUCCACCCACUUUUGCCCAGGGAGUGAUCAAUGAGGCUGAUCAACGGCAGUAUGAGGAGUGGUUAUUCCAUACUCAACAGCUUCUACAAAUGCAGCUGAAGGUGCUAGAGGAGCAGAUUGGUGUGCAUCGCAAAUCCCGGAAGGCACUGUGUGCCAAGCAGCGUACUGCCAAAAAGGCUGGCCGGGAGUUCCCAGAGGCUGAUGCUGAGAAACUCAAGCUGGUUACAGAGCAGCAGAGCAAGAUCCAAAAACAGCUGGAUCAGGUCCGGAAACAGCAGAAGGAGCACACGAAUCUCAUGGCAGAAUAUCGGAAUAAGCAGCAGCAGCAGCAGCAGCAGCAACAACAGCAACAGCAGCAACAGCAGCAGCACUCGGCUGUGCUGGCCCUGAGUCCUUCUCAGAGUCCCCGGCUACUCACUAAACUCCCUGGCCAGCUACUUUCUGGUCAUGGUCUGCAGCCACCUCAGGGGCCACCUGGUGGACAAGCUGGAGGUCUUCGCCUGCCUCCAGGGGCCAUGACACUGCCUGGACAGACUGGUGGUCCUUUCCUCAACACAGCCCUGGCCCAACAGCAGCAACAGCAACAUUCUGGUGGGAGUGGGGCCCUGGCUGGCCCCUCAGGGGGCUUUUUCCCCGGUAAUCUUGCUCUCCGAGGCCUUGGACCUGAUUCGAGGCUUUUACAGGAAAGGCAGCUACAGCUGCAGCAGCAGCGUAUGCAACUGGCCCAGAAACUCCAGCAGCAACAGCAGCAGCAGCACCAGCACCAGCAGCAUCUCCUAGGUCAGGUGGCAAUUCAGCAGCAACAGCAGCAGGGCCCUGGGGUACCAGUGAACCAGGCUCUGGGCCCUAAGCCCCAGGGGCUUCUGCCUCCCAGUAGUCAUCAAGGCCUCUUGGUCCAGCAACUGUCCCCCCAACAACCCCAGGGGUCCCAGGGUAUGCUGGGCCCUGCUCAGGUAGCAGUGUUGCAGCAGCAACAGCAGCAGCACCCUGGAGCUUUGGGCUCCCAGGGGUCUCAUAGACAGGUGCUUCUGACCCAGUCCCGGGUGCUGAGUUCCCCCCAGCUGGCACAGCAGGGUCAGGGCCUUAUGGGACACAGACUGGUCACAACUCCGCAACAGCAGCAACACCAACAGCAGGGAUCCAUGGCAGGACUUUCCCAUCUGCAGCAGGGUAUUAUGCCACACAGUGGGCCUCCCAAACUGAGUGCCCAGCCAAUGGGCUCCUUACAGCAGCAACAACUGCAGCAACAGCUUCAGCAGCAGCAGCAACUACAACAGCAGCAACAGCAGUUACAGCAACAGCAGCUCCAACAGCAGCAGCAACAACAACUUCAGCAGCUCCAACAGCAGCAAUUCCAACAACAGCAGCUUCAGCAGCAGCAACUCCAACAACAACAACUUCAGCAGCAGCAGCUCCAACAGCUUCAGCAGCAGCAACAGCAGCAGCAGCAGGUUCAGCAGCAGCAACAACAACAGCAGCAAUUUCAGCAACAGCAGCAGAUGGGUCUCUUGAGCCAAAGUCGAACUUUACUAUCUCCGCAGCAGCAGCAGCAGCAGCAGCAGCAGCAGCAGCAGCAGCAGCAGCAGCAGCAGGUGACUCUUGGGCCUGCCUUGCCAGCCAAGUCUCUUCAACACUUUUCAAGUCCAGGUGCCCUGGGCCCAGCCCUCCUCCUAACGGGCAAGGAACAACGCAUUGUAGAGACAGCCGUUCCUCCAGAGGGCACUGAGGGGUCCUCCACUCAUCAGGGAGGGCCAUUAGUAGUAGGGUCUCUCCCUGAGUCUGUGGCCACUGAACCAGGGGAGGUAAAACCCUCACACUCAGGGGAUCCACAGCUACUGCUUGUUCAGACCCAUACCCAGUCUCAGCCCAACUCUGUACAGCUACAGCCACCUCUGAGACUUCAAGGACAGCAGCAGCAGCAGCAGCAGCAGGUUAACAUGCUCCACUCAGCAGGUUUGGGAAGCCACGGGCAACCAGGCAGUGGAUCAUCUGAGGUCUCCUCUGUGCCCCAUAUGUUGGCCCAAUCUUCUGCUUGUGUUGGGGAACAGUCUGGGCCUCUGACCCAGGGUUCCCAACAGCCCAUUGGACUAGAGCGGUCUGUGCAAAAUAACAUGGGGUCAAUGCCUACCAAGCUGGGACCUGUCCCACAGGGUCAGCCCGGGACUGGAGUCAUGUCCACAGUGGGCCAGCUUCGAGCACAGCUCCAAGGAGUCCUGGCCAAAAACCCACAGCUGCGGCAUCUGAGUCCUCAGCAGCAACAGCAGCUACAGGCACUCCUCAUGCAGCGUCAGCUGCAGCAGGGUCAGGCUGUCCGCCAGACCCCACCCUGUCAGGAGUCUGGGGCUCAAUCCUCUCCCCUCCAGGGCCUCCUAGGUCGCCAACCCCAACUUGGGUGUUUCCCUGGAUCCCAGACAGGUCCCCUUCAAGAGCUAGGGGCAGGGCUUCGACCUCAAGGCCCUUCCCGGCUCCCCACCCCACAAGGAGCCUUAUUGACAGGACCAGUCCUUGGCACUGUCCACCCUCCACCUCCACCUUCCAGCCCCCAAGAGCCAAAGAGAUCUUCACAAUUACCUUCCCCCAGUUCCCAGCUUCCCUUGGAAGCCCAGCUCACUCCCCCGCAACCAGGGACCCCCAAGCCCCAGGGACCACCCUUGGAGUUGCCUACUGGGAGAGUCUCGCCUGCUGCUGCUCAACUUGCAGAUACCUUCUUCGGCAAGGGGUUGGGACCUUGGGAUCCUUCAGGUAACUUAGUAGAAGCCCAGAAACCAGAGCAGAGCAGCCUGGAACCUGGGCUCCUAGAGCAGGUAAACGGACAAGUGGUACCUGAGUCACCCCACCUCAGCGUCAAGCAGGAACCUCGGGAAGAACCAUGUGCCCUGGGAGCCCAGGCAUUGAAGAGAGAAGCCAACGGGGAGUCAGUAGGGGCAGCAGGUACCAGCAACCACCUCCUGCUGGCAGGCUCCCGCUCAGAGGCCGGCCAUCUGCUCUUGCAGAAGCUUCUCCGAGCAAAGAACAUGCAACUUGGCACUGGGCGGGGCCCCGAGGGGCUUCGAGCUGAAAUCAACGGUCACAUUGACAGCAAACUGGCAGGGCUGGAGCAGAAACUACAGGGUACCCCCAGCAAUAAGGAGGACACAGCAGCAAGGAAGCCUUUGACACCAAAGCCCAAGCGGGUGCAGAAGGCGAGCGACAGGUUGGUGAGCUCCCGAAAGAAGCUGCGAAAGGAGGACGGGGUCAGGUCCAACGAGGCUUUGCUGAAACAACUGAAACAGGAGCUGUCCCUGCUGCCCCUCACGGAGCCUACCAUCACAGCCAAUUUUAGCCUCUUUGCUCCCUUUGGCAGUAGCUGUCCGAUCAAUGGGCAGUGCCAACUGAGGGGGGCCUUUGGAAGUGGUACGCUGCCCACUGGCACUGACUACUAUUCUCAGCUGCUUACAAAGAAUAACCUGAGUAACCCGCCGACACCACCCUCGUCGCUGCCUCCCACCCCACCCCCAUCGGUGCAGCAGAAGAUGGUAAAUGGUGUCAGUGCAUCUGAAGAUCUGGGGGAGCACCCCAAGGAUGCCACCUCUGCCCGGGACACCGAAGGAACACUGAGGGAUGCUUCAGAGGUGAAGAGUCUAGACCUGCUGGCUGCCUUGCCGACACCGCCUCAUAAUCAGACUGAGGAUGUCAGGAUGGAGAGUGAUGAGGACAGUGAUUCUCCUGAUAGCAUUGUGCCAGCUUCAUCCCCUGAAAGCAUCCUGGGAGAGGAGACCCCUCGUUUUCCUCAUUUGGGGUCUGGCCAGUGGGAGCAGGAAGAUCGGGCUCUCUCCCCUGUCAUCCCCAUUAUUCCUCGGACCAACAUCCCAGUCUUCCCAGAUACCAAACCUUAUGGGGUCUUGGACCUGGAUGCCUCUGUAAAGCUGCCUGCUACAACUUGGGAAAAGGGCAAAGGAAGUGAGGUGUCAGUCAUGCUGACAGUUUCUGCUGCUGCAGCCAAGAACCUGAAUGGUGUGAUGGUAGCAGUAGCAGAGCUGCUGAGCAUGAAGAUCCCCAAUUCCUAUGAGGUGCUGUUCCCAGAGAGCCCUGCCCGGACAGGCACUGAGCCUAAAAAGGGGGAAGCAGAGGGCCCUGGUGGGAAAGAAAAGGUCCUGGGAGGCAAGAACCCAGAAGCUGGCCCUGAUUGGCUGAAGCAAUUUGAUGCAGUGUUGCCUGGCUAUACCCUCAAGAGCCAACUUGACAUCUUGAGCCUCCUGAAACAGGAAAGUCCUGCCCCAGAGCCACUCACCCAGCACAGCUACACCUAUAGUGUCUCCAAUCUGGAUGUGCGACAACUCUCUGCCCCACCUCCGGAAGAACCAUCCCCACCCCCAUCUCCCUUGGCACCUUCUCCUGCCAGCCCCCCUGCUGAACCCCUGGUUGAACUCCCAAUUGAACCCUCAGUUGAGCCAUCAGUCCCCUCUCCUUUGCCACUGGCCUCGUCCCCCGAAACAGUCCGACCCAAGCCUCGAGCCCGGCCCCCUGAAGAGGGUGAAGAUUCACGCCCUCCUCGCCUCAAAAAGUGGAAGGGGGUGCGCUGGAAGCGACUGCGUAUUCUGUUGACCAUCCAGAAGGGCAGUGGGCAGCCGGAAGAUGAGCGGGAGGUGGCAGAGUUUAUGGAACAUCUCGGCACAGCCCUGCGCCCUGACAAGGUGCCUAGAGACAUGCGACGCUGUUGCUUCUGCCAUGAGGAAGGUGAUGGUGCCACUGAUGGGCCUGCUCGUUUGCUGAACCUGGACUUGGAUCUUUGGGUGCACCUCAAUUGUGCCCUGUGGUCCACUGAGGUCUAUGAGACUCAGGGUGGGGCAUUGAUGAAUGUGGAAGUUGCCUUGCACCGAGGAUUGCUAACCAAAUGUUCCUUGUGUCAGCGCACUGGAGCGACCAGCAGCUGUAAUCGAAUGCGUUGCCCCAAUGUCUACCAUUUUGCCUGCGCCAUUCGCGCCAAGUGCAUGUUCUUUAAGGACAAGACUAUGCUCUGUCCAAUGCAUAAGAUCAAGGGGCCCUGUGAGCAGGAGCUGAGCUCUUUUGCUGUUUUUCGGCGGGUCUAUAUAGAGCGGGAUGAGGUGAAGCAAAUCGCCAGCAUCAUUCAGCGGGGAGAACGACUACACAUGUUCCGUGUGGGGGGCCUGGUGUUCCACGCCAUUGGACAGCUGCUUCCCCAUCAGAUGGCCGAUUUCCACAGUGCCACAGCCCUUUAUCCUGUGGGUUAUGAGGCCACACGGAUAUACUGGAGCCUCCGCACCAACAACCGCCGCUGCUGCUACCGCUGCUCUAUUGGUGAGAACAAUGGGCGGCCAGAGUUCGUCAUUAAAGUCAUUGAGCAGGGCCUGGAGGACCUGAUCUUUACUGAUGCCUCUCCUCAAGCUGUGUGGAAUCGCAUCAUUGAGCCCGUGGCUGCCAUGAGAAAAGAGGCUGACAUGUUGCGACUGUUCCCGGAGUACCUGAAGGGCGAGGAGCUUUUCGGAUUGACGGUGCAUGCCGUGCUUCGCAUAGCUGAAUCACUGCCUGGAGUAGAGAAUUGUCAGAACUAUUUAUUCCGCUAUGGACGCCACCCACUGAUGGAGCUGCCACUCAUGAUCAACCCCACUGGUUGUGCCCGAUCAGAACCUAAAAUCCUCACACACUACAAACGGCCCCACACUCUGAACAGCACCAGCAUGUCCAAAGCCUACCAGAGCACCUUCACAGGCGAGACCAACACCCCAUACAGCAAGCAAUUUGUGCACUCCAAGUCAUCUCAAUACCGACGACUGCGCACCGAAUGGAAGAACAAUGUUUACCUGGCUCGAUCCCGUAUCCAGGGCCUGGGGCUUUAUGCAGCCAAGGACCUAGAAAAGCACACAAUGGUCAUUGAGUACAUUGGCACCAUCAUUCGCAAUGAGGUAGCCAACCGGAGGGAGAAAAUCUAUGAGGAACAGAAUCGAGGUAUCUACAUGUUCCGAAUAAACAAUGAGCAUGUGAUUGAUGCAACGUUGACUGGAGGCCCUGCCAGGUACAUUAACCAUUCCUGUGCGCCUAACUGUGUGGCAGAAGUUGUGACAUUUGACAAGGAGGAUAAAAUCAUCAUCAUCUCCAGCCGGCGAAUCCCCAAAGGAGAGGAGCUGACCUAUGACUAUCAGUUUGACUUUGAGGACGAUCAGCACAAGAUCCCCUGCCACUGUGGAGCCUGGAAUUGUCGGAAAUGGAUGAACUAAGCAGCUUUUGAGGCUACCAGGCAGGGGCGUCCCCCCACCCCCAACCUCUUCCCUGAAAGGGAUGAAGGGGAAGAGAGGUAGCAGCCAGAGCCAGGACCCAGGGCUGGGGCUGCCGGGUGACCGGAGCCCCUGGAGCAGGAGGCUGGGGCACAGGUCCCUAGUUUGAGCCCACCUGGGCACCAGGGAUAACCUUCCCCGCCACCGACCCCCAGGCUGGCAUCUCUGCCCCAGCUCCAGAAGGGGCCAGACAGAAGCAGCCACUGGGCAUCUCAGGUUUGAGGGGGACAUGGGCCGGGAACUACCCAGAAGCAUCUGGGAGGCAGCAGGGACGGGGAGGAGGAUGUGUGGCUGGGCCUCACAGCCCUGCUGCUCCCGCCAACCCUCGGCCCAACCGAGGCUGCAAAGAGACUUGACUAAGCUUGACAAUCCCAAAGGCCGGGUCUCACACCUGGCCCUGCCUGCCGGGUCCUGCCCCCACCCUUACCCCACCCCCAUCCCUCUCAAUCUGUCUCUGUCUCCCUCUUCUCCUCUGUGUUUCCGUCUCUAUGGGUUGUGUUUCCUUGUUUUCCACUCUGACAAAUGCAAC